GGUGCCCCCCCAUCCUUUUUUAGGGGUUUCCUUUUUAGGGCUGCCCCCCCAUAUCCAUUUUGCCCCCCCCGUAUCCGUUUAGGGCCCCCCCGUAUCCCUUUAGGGAUGCCCCCAUCCCAUUACCCCCCCCAUAUCCUUUAGGGGUGCCCCCCCAUGUCCCUUUUCAGGUGUCCUGUCCCAUCACCCCCCCCCCCAUAUCCCUUUAGGGGCCCCCCCAUCCCAUUCCCCCCCCCAUAUCCCUUUUCCAGGUGUCCCAUCCCAUUCCCCCCCCCCGGGUUCCCUUUAGGGCUGCCCCCCCACAUAUCCCAUUUUAGGGCUGCCCCCCCCCAUCCCCCCCCUAUCUCCCUUUUUAGGGCUCCCCCUUCUCCCUUAGGCUUCCCCCUUCCCCUCUCCCCUUACCCCCCCUUGCCCCCCCUUCCCCAGCCACCCCCUCCCGUGCUCUGUGCCCCCCCCACAGCCCCCCCCGGGCUCCGUGCCCCCCCCCCCAACCCCCCCAUGGCGGGCCGAGGCCGGGGCCGGGGUCGCGGGCAGCUGACCUUCAACGUGGAGGCCGUGGGCAUCGGGAAGGGGGACGCGCUGCCCCCCCCCACCCUACAGCCCUCCCCCCUCUUCCCGCCCGUGGAGUACCGCCCGGUGCCGCUGCCGGGGGGCGAGGAGCUGGAGUACAUGCUGGCCCUCAAGCAGGAGCUGCGCGGCGCCAUGAGGAACCUGCCCUACUUCAUCAAACCGGGGGCACCCCGCAGAGACAUCGAGCGCUACUCGGACAAGUACCAGGUCUCCAACCCCAUUGACGGUGCCAUCGAUUGGAACCCAGACUGGAGGCGGCUGCCGCGGGAGCUGAAGAUUCGGGUGCGGAGGCUGCGGAAGGGCCGGACCACCGUCCUCGUCCCCAAGCCCAAGCAGCGGGCGGCGCUGGACAAGGAGGAGGCCAUCAAGAAGCUGGAGAGCCUGGAGAAGAAGGAGGAGGAGGUGACCUCAGAGGAGGAAGAGGAGAAGGAGGAGGAGGAGGAAGGCAAGGAGGAGGAGGAGGAGGAGUACGACGAGGAGGAGCACGAGGAGGAGACCGACUACAUCAUGUCCUACUUCGACAACGGGGAGGAUUUCGGCGGCGACAGCGACGACAACAUGGACGAGGCCGUUUACUGACCCCCCCCCACGGGGUAUCGGGGGGGCCCUGCGCCCCCCCCAGCCCCCCCCCGCUUGGGGGGGUCCCAGUAUCCCCAGUACCCCCAUACUGGUGCCCCCAGUGCUCCCAGUCAGGGUGGCCGGCAGGUGGCACUUGUGCUCCAGGGAUGGGUGCCGCAGCGCUGGGUGCCCCCCCCCACCAGGGAUGGUUUUUUUUUGGGGGGGGGGUGACCCUGCUGCCCCCCCCCCCAGCUCGGGGGUCCUGGGGGGCCCCAACCCCUGCAGGAGGGGGGUGUGGGGGCGGUUUUUAACGGGCUGCGUUUGGUUUUGGGGUGGGGGGGGGAAAGAGCAGGGCUGGGGGGUGACCGUGCCCCCCCCCCCAGCUCACCCCGUGAUGUUUUGGGGAAAAUGUUAUGUGCCCCCCCCCCAUUUUUAGCAACUUUUUAACAUUUGGAGCUUUUUUACCGAUUCGGGUG